ACAGACAAUUUUUGUCAUUUUCGCAAAGUUAUUAGUACAUGACUUAUUAUCCUACGUUGUUCAAAAGCUGUUGUUCCUUAAUUAUCUCCUACAAAUAGCGGCAACUGGUGUUUACUUUAAAUCAGCAACUAAUCUUAGUUUCAACAAACAUCCAAAUUCUUGCAAUUGCUUAAGACUGAAUCUUCGUGCCACGUGUCCCAUUUCUGUGAUCCUACCGCGUAAGAUGAGAUGAAAUCCGUAAUGAGAUUCAAAGAAAACCUCAUACCAGUACGCGGGCUGGUUUUGUCUGGUACAUCUCCUCCACUCUUUGCACCUGGACAUCUGCUUCAACAUCUGCACUGUUACUCCGGUGCAGCAAUCCAGUGGAAGAAUGAGAGAGUACCGAUCCAAUGCAAUGAUCUGCUCAACGAGUUCACAACUUACUGCUAUGGAAGGGAUCUUCCCAGGGCCAUGAACGCAUUGAGGUCCUUGCAAACUCACAAGAUUUGGGCUGAUUCUGUUACCUACUCGGAACUCAUUAAGUGUUGCUUGGCCCGUGGGGCAGUUGAACAAGGUAAACGGGUCCACCAACAUGUGUUCUCGAAUGGUUAUGAGCCUAAAACAUUCCUUGUUAACACGCUUAUGAACAUGUACGUGAAGUUUAACAUGUUGGAUGAAGCGAAAGUUUUGUUUGAUAGAAUGCCCGAGAGAAAUGUUGUCUCCUGGACUACCAUGAUAGCUGCCUACUCUAGCGCUAAGAUGAAUAACAAGGCUUUGGAGUUUUUGAUCUUCAUGUUGAGAGAUGGCGUGAGACCUAAUAUGUUUACGUAUUCUUCUGUUCUGAGAGCUUGUGAUGACCUAUCCAAUCUUAGGCAGCUCCACUGCAGCAUACUUAAAGUUGGUCUGGAGUCUGACGUAUUUGUCCGAAGUGCUCUUAUCGACGUUUACUCAAAAAUGGGUCAACUCGAGUGUGCAAUGUGCACGUUUAACGAGAUGGUGACUGGGGAUCUUGUUGUCUGGAACUCCAUUAUUGGUGGAUUUGCUCAAAACAGUGAUGGGGAUGAAGCUUUGACUCUCUUUAAAAGGAUGAAAAGAGCUAGAUUCUCAGCUGAUCAGUCAACUUUAACAAGUGUUCUUAGAGCUUGUACUAGUUUGGCACUUUUAGAAGUGGGAAGGCAAGUGCAUGUUCAUAUACUCAAGUUCCAGCGGGACCUAAUCCUUAACAACGCACUUUUAGACAUGUAUUGCAAGUGUGGGAGUUUGGAAGAUGCGCACCAAAUAUUUACUCAGAUGGUAGAGAAGGACGUGAUCUCCUGGAGCACGAUGAUUAUAGGCUACGCGCAGAAUGGUUUCAGCAGAAAAGCACUGGAAUUGUUCGAAGAGAUGAAAGUCUCGAGGAUCAAACCAAACUACAUAACUGUUCUUGGAGUUUUAUUUGCUUGCAGUCAUGCAGGACUGGUAGAAGAUGGGCAAUAUUACUUCCACUCGAUGAAGAAGCUCUUUGGUAUUGAUCCAGGAAGAGAACACUACGGUUGCAUGGUUGAUCUUCUUGGAAGAUCUGGGAAGCUAGAUGAAGCGGUGAAACUAAUCCGUGAAAUGGAAUGUGAACCAGAUGCAGUAACAUGGAGAACGUUGCUCGGUGCCUGCAGAGUACAUCGAAACAUGGAUUUAGCUGAGUACGCUGCCAAACAAAUUAUAAAACUGGAUCCGAGUGAUGCGGGAACUUACAUAUUACUAUCUAACAUAUAUGCGCACACUCAAAAAUGGGAAGACGUUGUGGACUUAAGAAAGUCCAUGAAGGAAAGAGGAGUGAAGAAGGAACCGGGAUGCAGCUGGAUUGAAGUAAAUAAACAGAUCCAUGCUUUUAUAAUGGGAGACAACUCCCAUCCACAAAUAGAGGAAAUUAACAAAGAGCUAAAUCAGAUUAUUUGGAGAUUAAAGGAGGUGGGAUAUGUUCCAGACACAAACUUUGUCUUACAAGAUGUUGAAGGUGAACAGAUGGAAGACUCGCUUCUGUACCACAGUGAGAAAAUAGCUGUUGCCUUUGGUGUAAUGAGCCUGUCUAGAGAGAAGACCAUUAGAAUCAGGAAAAAUCUCAGGAUCUGUGGAGAUUGUCAUUUAUUCGCGAAACUUUUGGCACAGAUAGAGCGUCGAAGCAUUGUCAUAAGAGAUCCAAUCCGGUACCAUCAUUUUCAGGAUGGUGGUUGUUCUUGCGGAGAUUAUUGGUAGUAGGGAAUGGAUUUCAAUUUAGUAAUAUUUGCAGAAAUAGUAGCAAUGAUGAAGCAGAAAGUACUGGGUUCAUAAGAGUGCACUCUUUGCUCAACUUGCAUUUGCAUUGACAGCUAUGAGGUUCGAGGUUGGCAGUUAGAAUUACUAAAGACGCCCCUGAAGAUUGCCGAGGUCCCCUAUUUGAGAUCUGCUAGAACUUUGAUGCUUGUCAAGAAGUGCAAGUCAAAAGUCUGAGCAACUGCAUUAAAUAGCCCUGAUCCAGAUUUAGGGGCAAUCUUGGAAAUAGCAAACUGUGAAGCAUGAACUGGUUAUAUCUGUCAAAGAAACGAUCGAUAAGAGUACAUCCUCUAUGUGACUGGCAUUUUAAUUGACAACCUUACAACUAAGGUUAUCCAUUUCGGUCUCCUUAAUAUUUUGAUGUUUGUGGCCCAAGAGUCUGCAAUUAGCUUGGUCUAGAAGGACAGGAGAUUUACCAGAGUGAUCCGGUUUGUUUCUGCUGUCUAUAUUUAGCCUAAUGUGGGGACCACAGUUUCAUGAUCAGAAACUCGGAUGGCGCUGUAAUGUGACACAAGAAUGGUCUGAUUAAGUUCGUUCCUUGAGUUUAGUUCAUCGCGUAAAGCUUGAUUUCUUGCAGCUGAGGCACGAGGUUGGACCACUGAUUACCAUAUUAAAUUGUGCAAUUCCUCCAAGCAACUGGAAUAAACGGUGCAGUUGUAUACCCCUGGAAAAUGUAUUUCUUACAGACUUGAGGGUAUAGUUUCUCCAAGAGAUUUGGCAUGAAGGUUCUUGAUACUGUCUAGAACUGAUUCAAUAAUAUAUGAACUCAUAGAAGUCCUGUUAUUGUUGCCCCAGAGCUUUGAUUCAGCCGUUAGAAUAAAGUUCAUGAUGUGUUGAUUUGGCGCAUGUCACAAGUUCCAGUUUUGCACCAUGCUCAAAAGGAUGGUAUUUAAGUGAAGAAAGGCAGAAGAAGGGUAGAGGCGUGGAUGUAUCAAGUUCGGAAUUGUGCUCUGCUGACCUUUGGAAGUUUUUAGGCUAUGCAACAACAAUAACAACAACAUACCCAAUGUAAUACCACAAGUGGGGUCCGGAGAGGGUAAAGUGUACACAGACCUUACCACUACCUUUGUGGGGUAGAGAUUUUUAGGCUAUGAAAAGCCAAAAUCUUGUUAUUGCUCCUCUAGUGGUAUUUAAAUCUAAUCUAGAUGGGCAUGGUUGGUAUCCGGCAACCAAUUAUUGUCUACAUUUUAUAGUCGAUAUUGGAGAAUCUAGAAUUAUUACUUGAAAUAUGUUUUGCCGGAUUAGUAAUGGAAGGGACAUUUGAUACGUUCUAUUCAUAAA